UCGUCCAUUGUUUUUUCGUACCGCGUCCCGGAACCGUGUACCUACCGCAGAGCGUCGUCCCAAAACCCAAUCUCCGGCCUGUCUCUGCGACCGGGAAAAACUCAAUGCUCAAACAUACGUUUCACCUGUGCACCGAACUCCGAGAUGUAACUACAGUGCGAGCACCUGUUUUGUUGUGAUCGCGCUCCUGUUUGGAUUCUGUGGUGGUUUUUUGAAGAGUGUUCACAAACGUUCUUAUUUUGGAUUUUUCAGUUCGGUAAUAUGUAAAGUGGACAAGGUUUUUUCAUUUUUCUACCGUACUAUUUAGAUUCUCACUAAGAUGCCGGAAACAGCGACAUCAACGGCGCCAUCUGACGACAGACCGCUGUCGCUCUCGCGUCGGGACUUCCCCCUGCCCUCACCCGGUUCCAGCCAGAGAAGUUCUUCGGGCGGACGUUACGACAACCUGCCUACGUCCCCCGCAUACCACCACCAAGUGCCCCUGCCCAGCAGCAUGAGCCACCACCGCGAGUCUUCCGCCUUCGUUCCAGUCGUACCGUCCAGAAAUAUGCAUCCGAUGUUGUACCCGGGAGAUCUUCAUCCCUUGCUUGGUCCUGAGUUGAUGAGGGAAAGCAGGGACAGAUCGGAAGGUGGUAAAUCGUCGGGGGAAAGUACUUCGGGGAAUUUCUCUGGAGUCAGGAAGUCCUCAUCGAGUUUCGAUCUGAUGGCCAUGAUGGCCGACAAAAGGAAGGAGCUGGCUUUGAGGGAAGAGGUCGCGUGUGUGGCUGCUGCCGCCCAUGCUGCCGCUUUGAUGUUGCCGCAUAGAGCUGGACCACCUCCAGAAUUCUUAGAAUCGUCGGGUAGCAACCAACCCCACACAUAUCCGGCCUUCCUGCCCAACACGCCGGGCGCCGCCACCUUCUCGUUCCCCGGCAGCAGCACCCUCUUUCCGCCGGGUCCGCCCCAAAUGCACAUCCACCCGGACCGUAGAUUGCUGAGAGCCCCGGGUCGCGCGUCCAGGCCCAAAAAGCAAUUCAUCUGCAAAUUUUGCAACAGACAGUUCACCAAGAGCUACAAUCUGCUGAUCCACGAGCGGACGCACACCGACGAGAGGCCUUACUCCUGCGACAUCUGCGGCAAGGCGUUCAGACGGCAAGACCAUCUCAGAGAUCACAGAUACAUUCACAGUAAAGAAAAGCCCUUCAAAUGCGGGGAGUGCGGCAAGGGCUUUUGCCAGAGCCGCACUCUGGCUGUGCACAAGAUCCUCCACAUGGACGAAUCGCCCCACAAGUGUCCGGUGUGCAGCCGUUCGUUCAACCAGCGCUCGAAUCUCAAGACCCAUCUACUCACCCACACCGAUCACAAACCGUACGAGUGCAACUCCUGCGGCAAGGUGUUCCGCAGGAACUGCGACCUGAGGCGGCACGCUCUUACACAUGCCGUGGGCGACGUGCCCGACGAUGGGUUCAUACCCAGGGAUGAUUUGGACGAUAUCCCAUCGAGAGGACGAAGCUCCUCAAGAGGUAGAAGCCCAUCGUUGGAUUCCAGAGACGAUGAAAGCAUCAGAGUUUGCUCGCCAACUCCGGAAAGAACCCAAUGCCACGAGGAGAGCAGCUCUUACACAAUGAGACCCAAGAGACACAUCAGCAGGCACAUCAGAGAUUUAGAUGAAGAAGACGAACUUGAUGAAGAUCCUGAGAUUGAUCCAGGUGUGGAAGAUCAACCGGAAAUUAUCGAGGACGACCAUCCAGAGAGACCGGAACACCCCGAAGACACGGAACCGGAUGAGCCUCCACAAGCUCCAAUCCACCAUCCCCAAUUGCAAAUCCGCCGUGACCUCCAUCCGUCCAAACCGUCCACAAUCACCAGCGAAAUGAUGGAACCCCAUUCAUUUUUGGGCCCCUACAGAAAGAGACAACUGGAUGCCGACAGACCAAAUUCGGCUUAUUCGACCACCACCACUUAUUCGGGCGGAAGCAGCGGCAGAAGUACGCCGCCGAUGAACUUGAGAGUGCACAACUUCUAUCAGUUGGCACACGCACCCCAGUUCAUGGACAAUCCGAAUCUGUUGAAGCCGCCCGAUGGCCAGAAUCCACCGCCACAUUUGACCAGUCCUCACGUCAUGCCGAUGUUCAUGAGUCAGCCACCGAAGAUUCCGGAUCCGGGUCCCAGUACUUCGAUGGAUAACCAGAACGUGCCCAGCGAUCUGUCGAUGAGGAAGGAGGAAGUACAUCCGCCUAGGCCGCCCCAAAAUCCUCCGAAAAAGACUGGAUUUACCAUAGCGGAUAUUAUGGGGAGAUAAUUUCGGUUUUCAGUUGAUAUUUAUUGCGUGAAAGUUGCGUGAGUUAUAGUUAUUGUUGCAAGUGGAAGGAUUUAUAGUGAAGAGAGCAAAUUAGACUUUUUUCGGUGAUAAUAUUUGGGUGAUGAUGUCGUGCAAUUAUUUUGUAUACGAAAUAUUAUUGUUUUUUUAAAAUCUUUUAUGUGCAAUUAUGCAUACACGAAAUUUAUUUUUAAAAAAUUGUACAACGAUUAAAAGUACUAUAAAGAUAUAUCUACAUGUUAUAGGACAAAUGUUCUAGAUAUAACUUCUUCUAAUACAAAUAUUUUGAAUUUAAGUAUAUUUGAACAGUAUUUUAAGACUGAAAGGUUUUAACAACAUAAAAUAUGUGAAUUGUUCCUUUUUUCCUAACUGUUUACUGAAACGAAUAGAUUAUUAUUAUUACUAUUCUUGUGAAUGGUUAGUUGUUAAUGUUAAAAGUACAUAAAUAUUUGUAUAUUCUAUAUUUUUGUAAAUACUCUUUUUUAUGAAAUUUGUAUAUCUGUAAGGGACCCAAUCUCGCAGUUUAAAAUAAAUUAAUUAGUUGUUUAAUACGAGUUUUUGUAUUGUAUUAGUAUUUAUGGUACAAAAUGUUAGUUUUUUAAUUAAUUUUGUAUAUAGUUUAGUAUGAGUUAAUUUAGAUUACAUUUUAUGAAUUUAGUUAAUACAGUUGGUUUACGGAUUUUUUUAUUGUAAUUAUACCAAUUUUCUUUCUGAAUUAUGUUAAAAUUCUAGAGAAUAAUCCCGUACUUCAUUUUGAGAUAUUUUAUUUGUAAAACGAUCUCAGAUUUUGUAAUUCUAUAUAAUAAUUAUUUGUUUGUUAUUUGAGAGAAAAUUAAGUAUAAUUUUAUAUAUUAAGGUAUUUUUAUUACUAUUAAUAGAUUAAGUUAUUGUAUUAGUAUUGUGAUUUGCAAAAUAAAAUGGCAAUUAAAAGUU